AUGGCCCCAACCUCCUCCAUCAUCUUCCUGCUAACCGCCGCAGGCCUCGUUGGCCAGGCGGUUGCCCAGACUACUUAUGCCUGCCCUGGCGAUGCCGGGAAGACCAUCACAACCGGCGGCAAGGUAUACACCUUGAAGUGCGGCGUCGGAAUCGAGGGGAGACCCCUGGAGGGCAAUCCUUGUCCGUCGCUCGCCGAGUGCGCCACGCGAUGUGCGAGCAACCCCCAGUGCGACCACAGCAGUCUCGACAAGUCUGGGAAGUGCUACUUGAAGGUCAAUGACAAGGAGUUCAACCUCGCGACUCUUUCCACCUGGAUCUUCAAGGAGCUUGCCCCCAGCACGCCCCAGACGCCUCCCGGCGGCAGCAACAGCAAUACGGGCGCCGGCGGUCCUGGCGCUCAAGUCCCCAUCGGCACCGGCGGCGGCGGCCAGAACACGGGCAACACGGGCAACACAGGCAACACAGGCAACACGGGAAACACGGGAAACACCGGCAACUCCGGCAUCACGAGGCCGCCCACCGGAGAGGAGGGUGACAACUUGGCUUCCUACUCCUGCCCCGGAGACAAAGGGGCGCGCUACAGCACGUAA